CUGGUGUACAUCGACGUUUCCCACCUUCCACGCUGCAAGACUUGCUUCUACUAAUUUGACUUCUUUAAUGGAGUUUUCAGAGGAGAAUGUCAGAAUCCCGUUCGAGCAGAAACAGCUGGACGGUGUGUUUACCGUGCCCGCUGACGUCAGCGCGGGGUUUGCAGCCGUGGUAAUGACGCACGGCGCAGGGGGAGACAUGCACAUGGCGCAGCUGGAGACCCUCGCACGCGUUCUGGCGCGUUCAGGUGUUCUGUGCCUGCGCUUUACAUGUAAAGGACUAAACCUAGCGUACAGGAUCAGAGCUUAUAGAGCUGUUGUAGAUUACUUAAAGACUCAUGAGAGGUACACCCCAAACAGCAUUUUCUUGGGAGGUCGUUCUAUGGGUGCACGUGCAGCUAUUGCAGUGGGUCGACUUAUGUGUGAGGUGCAGGAGGAUGUAGUGCAGGGUCUUUUAUGUUUGUCAUUCCCACUGCAUCCACCAGGACAAACGCACGUGCACAUUCAGCGGAGCCAAGACCUCUGUGCAUUGUCCCACACUCCUGUGAUGUUUAUUUCUGGCACUGCAGAUAACAUGUGUGAACAGAAACUUUUGGAAAAUGUUAUGAAGUUAAUGCAGUGUCCUACUGAUAUUCACUGGGUCAGGGGUGCGGGCCAUGGACUUACAGUCAGGGGCAUGACAGAAGAAUCAGUCCUGGAGGAAGUCAAUUCACAUAUCAUUGCAUGGAUAAAACAACAUAAAUGAGACAUGCAUUUGAUGAUGAUUAUAAUUGAUGACUGUUAUCUAUCUCUUAUAUAUAACUCCUUGAUGUAUAUAUUAUUCUUCCUAAUGUUUUUUUAUUGAAAUAAAUAUUGUUGCUUCUAA